UUUUAAAAGAUCAUGGAAGCCCAGCUGGUGGCCCAGAGGCUGCUGUUUCCCAAUGUCACGGAGUUUAACGCCUCCCGGCAGUGUAACGGGACGCCUGGCUGCGACUACACCAACGGUGGCGAGGGAGAGGACGCAGAAUUCUACAGCGUGAGCCUGUUCCUGUCCUGUGUGUACACGGUGUUCCUGUUCCCCGUGGGGUUCAUCGGCAACAGCCUGAUCCUGGUGGUCAACCUGGACCAGCAUGAGAAGAUGACCAUCCCGGACCUGUACUUUGUCAACCUGGCCGCGGCUGACCUGAUCCUCGUGGCCGACUCCCUCAUCGAAGUCUUCAACCUGAACGACAGGUAUUACGACAUCGCCGUGCUCUGUACCUUCAUGUCCCUCUUCCUGCAGAUCAACAUGUACAGCAGCAUCUUCUUCCUGACCUGGAUGAGCUUCGACCGUUACCUGGCGUUGGCCUGGGCAGCGAAGCCCUCGGGCCCCCUGAGGACCAUGCGACACGCCCGGUGGAGCUGCGGGCUGAUCUGGCUGGCGGCCGUGUUGGCGGCUCUCGGGCCCUUCGCCGUGGUUCAGGCCAGCCACGCGGACGAGCCCACCUUCUGCUUUGCCGACGUGCCCGAGAUCCAGUGGAUGGAGGUGACGCUGGGCUUUGUGCUGCCCUUUUCGGUCAUCGGCCUGUGCUACUCGCUGACCGUCCGUGUGCUGGUCAGGGCGCAGAAGCACAGGCGGCUCUGGCCGCGGCGACAGAGGGCCCUGCGCAUGAUCGCGGUGGUGGUGCUCGUGUUCUUUGUCUGUUGGCUGCCGGAAAACAUCUUCAUCAGCUUCCGGCUCCUGCAGGGACAGCAGCGGCCCUCGGAGGCCCUCGGCUCGCAGGGGCCUGGCUAUCCAGAGCCCGCCGGCCGCUACCACCCGCUGGUCCAUCACGUGGUCACCCUGGCGGCCUUCUCCAACAGCUGCCUGAACCCCAUCAUCUACAGCUUCCUGGGCGAGACCUUCAGGGACAAGCUACGGCUGUAUGUGAAGAGGAAGGCCAGCGCCUCCGCGCUGUACCGGCUCUGCAGCAGCACGCUGAGCUGGAAUGUUCCAGGGAACGCCGAGGAGUCCGACGCCAGAGAGGUGCGGGUCCUCACGCACUUCCCGCGGUGAAAGGGCUUGGUAGACGUCCUCUCCCUUGACGAGGGUGAAAGGCACCACCACGUCAAUCAAUUAAUCAUUGAUUGUUAUCAAUCUUCCCCUCCACCAGAACCACGGUAUGGAGUGGUGUUCUAAAUUGUAGCACAAACAAACAAACAAACAAUGCUUCGUUCAGUGGAACAACAAAAAUAC